UCCAUCUGUGGCCCUCUCACGCAAGAUCCGUGCUCUCAAUCUCCCUGUACGGUCCUUUCAUCCUCGAUAAAUUCACCUUAUUUUUCCGCAAGAUUCUCCCCAAAACCCGCUCCGCGAAACCCCCGUUCGCGAAUCUUCGGAAAGUGCCGUUCGCGGAUUCCUGGAAUCGAAAAGAGCACCCUCUGGUCCCACCCCUGCGGCAGCCCGCUCACCCCCUCCCGCCUCUUAACUCCGCCCUACCCUCGAGGGCUGAACUACCCAUGCGGAUUGUUGUUGUUCGCGACUGAGAAUCACUGCAUCUCAUUUUACGAGAAAAAAAGGAAAUUAAAUCACUUGCAACAAGUUUUUUUCGAAGAGUUUCUGUGCAAUCAGUGAAAGACGACAGUGCGGUUCUUCGUAUGGAAAUAAAUAGUGAUCUACAUUAUGUACCAUUUGUCCAUUGUUAACCUCAAAAUAUUUGGAUGCAAGGAGUGAUCGAAGACCAAGGUAACCGUUUUGUAUUUCCUUGUUUUUUCACUGCUGCCAACGGACUAAAGGCCAGCUUCCAAGUUGCUUUUUAAGUGUCGCCAUUCGUUUAAAACAAUUCCUACAAGUUUAUGUUGUUGAACUUCGGAAUCGGUGGACUCUUACUAUUGACUCGCACUAUUCUUGGCAACUCCUGCGGUUCUGGUUACCAUCGGCGUCAGGCCCUCAAGCUCGCAAAGAUGAACACUGUUCAUAGUUACGACUCCUUUGUGAUGUACCUUUGCAGACCGUCGAAUGUUUGUUGAGUGUUUAGUGCGGCAGAGACGGGAAAAUACAAUAAAGCACGUGCAAUUUAUAGCUCAAUAAAUAAAGCGGUCGCACCACCUCCUCAUUCCUACCCGUGCGUUUGAGUCACUGGCAAACACUCGUUUCCUUGUCAUUCACCCUUGCUCGAGCCGCCGACUCUUCAAAUUGCCUACCGUUACUUUGAAGGCGUUCCGUUCGUCAAAUCAACUAAUUGCCUGAGGUGACACGUGCUUGUUUUCAUAGCCUUGCGUUUAAGUCACCGCCCCUCAUACCCCGGCAAUGACCUGCAGUUCCCAAGUCUAGUUUGAUAACUCGAUUUUACAUGCAGCCCAACAUGCAGGACCAAAAGUCAUCUCCGACGGAGAGAGACGCCGCAGACCCGGCCACGGUAGACCUCAUCGCCGGUAUCGAACUCGCCGGUGUUUCCAUCAACAACAACAACACAACAUCCAAAGAAAAAGAUGAGCUCAGCUAUCGGAAUUUCCUCAACGUGGCGCAAACGCUGCAAGACCUGCAAGCGGCGCUCGUAUCAUCCAUGACCAGAGCCACAGCAACCCUGCUACCCCAUUACUCGCCAGCUGUGGCGACACUGAAUCUCCAGGCAAUAGAACAGUAUCUCACGCUACAGAUGCUCGACUCCCUCAACGCGCAGAUUCAAAACGCCACCGUUGCGGAACAAUUGGAAACGAACCGGAAGUCACUGUCCGAGUCGGAAAUCGAGGAACCGGAAGUUGAGGACCUGCCUCUCUUGGAGGAUCAACCCGAGUCGCUGGGCGCAGCCAUGAGCCUUGACAAAAAGAAAGAGCUGGAGGCUCUGGAGAGUGAUAAGCUGAUAUCCCUUUGUCAGCCCCUCGCUUCACAGCAAACGAUCCUCCCGGCGUCCUUUGCGGCAUUUCCAGAGGCCUCGGCCUCGACUAGGACUCCAAAGUCAAACGUGAGACAGAAGAAGAAGUUUAUUUGUAGGUACUGUAAUCGACAGUUCUCCAAGUCCUACAAUUUACUCAUCCAUGAGAGGACACACACUGACGAGCGACCCUACUCGUGCGAUAUAUGUGGCAAGGCCUUCAGGCGACAAGACCAUCUCAGAGAUCAUAGAUACAUCCACUCGAAGGAGAAGCCGUUCAAGUGCGGGGAAUGCGGGAAGGGAUUCUGUCAGUCGCGGACUCUGGCGGUGCACAAGAUCCUCCACCUGGAGGAGUCGCCGCACAAAUGCCCGGUCUGCAGCCGGAGCUUCAACCAGCGAUCCAACCUCAAGACGCACUUGCUCACGCACACGGACAUCAAGCCGUACAACUGCUCCUUCUGCGGCAAGGUUUUCCGACGAAACUGCGACCUCCGCCGGCACAGCCUCACGCACAACCUCGGCAUCGGCACCAGCGUCGCCACGGACCCUGCCCAAGCCAAAACGGAACACCUGCCCGCCGUCGGCUUCGUCCAGGCUACCUCCACCCCCGCCAGUCCCGGAAAAGCCUGAACUCAACCUCCAAUGCUCCCGAUUCCCGGAACUAGUGCCGAAUUUCGGAACUUUUUAGAUUUUCCUUAAUUUUUUCCGGAACUUUUGGAAUUCCCGGAUCUUUUGCAUUUUCCAGAACUUUCCCGGUACUUUUGACGGUCAUAGAAGGGGAGAAAUUGUGACAAAAAAGUUCCGAAUCCCGGAACUUUUGACGGACAUGGAAUGGGAGCACUGUCAACCUGUGUCCAUUGUUGAAAUUGGGGGACAAAGCCAUGGACAAAGAAGACAAAAAAGAUAUCAAGGGAUCAAAUUGGUGGAAUAGGGGUGGUUGCAAUGGACAGAAGAGGUAUAGGUAAUAGACUAUAACUAACGACAACCCACGAGAGACCCUAUGGUUAGUCUAUCGUAUUUUCCCCAAGUCUAAAGAUGCCACCCAUUUCUACCAACAGGACCAUACUCUCUAUGUCUCCUUUGUGUAUCGCUUCGUCUAUCAAUUUCAACUAUCAUCCUGCAGGUUUUUGAUGAACUGGUUCUCCCGUCUCACCGAAGAAAGCAGUAUGUGCAAAAUAAAACAAAAUUAAAAUCAUUUUUUACUUCAUUUUUGGCACUUAUUUUGUCUGGGUGUGCGACUGUGCGUGCCAUAUUCUGAAUGCUUGUGUGAUUACGUUUUGGACACGCGGCAAACAAAUUUUAAGGUUACAAAACGACAGAAAAAUGAACAAUUUCAUUCAAAACAAGAGUAAGUCCAGCUAGGUCCCUCGCGGAAUAACGUGGACUUACUGCUGUUUUGUCUGAAAUGGUGUUAGCUUUUGCGCAUUUCCUGCUUUCUCACAACUUUCAUUUUCUACGCAUAAGACGAAUUUUGCUAUUUCAGCUGAAUCAGUAAGUUCGUUUAAAUUAAAUUAGUCUGAUUUUGAAGGAAUCUCAAUUUUGAAAAUUCAGACGUUACUGCUCUCUUAGUCAAUACAGCAGAUUUAUCUGGAAUGUUGAUUGAUGACAUUCAUAUCUCUAUGGAACGAGUGAAUUGCAUUCUAGCAUGCAAGUAUAGAAUUUAUAGUUCUAAAUUGCAAAAUGUAGUCCAAAUGUCCACUCACAAAAUACAUAUCCAUUGGCAGAGUCUUAGGCAUUUCCAACUGAGGAUUCCACUGCUUUUCAUUCUCAUCUCAUGCAAAAAUAAGAAAAAAUGUCGACAAAAAUAGUACCGGUAUAUCUUGUGAGAAAAUUAACUUGUUUGGGUCCAUUUUGCAACCUUAGCAUGGAGUUACGUUCUUUCGUUCGGGAAACGAGUUGAGAGUCAAGUUGAGCCGUUUGAUCUCAAUAUUUCUACGUUUAUUUUGCAUUUUAAUUACUAAUUCCAAUAGAGCUUAUCACAAAAUGUCAGAUAUUUGUCACUAAUUUCGAAGAAGAAUGUGUUUGAAUUACCUUUAAAAAA